UCCAACUGUGUAGCUGAGGAGGCGUGUUGUGAAACGCAGUAGUGCUUUUAUUAGGUGUUGUAUGUAAAAAUGCAUUGUUAAACAUGCCUAUGAAAGGAAAGUACCCCAUUAGAAGGACAUUAGAUUACCUUCAGAAAGGGGAUAUUGUGUUUAAGAACACAGUGAAGAUUAUGACAGUCAAUUACAACACACAUGGGGAACUGAGCGACGGGACAAGAAAGUUUGUCUUUUUCAAUAUUCCUCAGAUCCAGUAUAAAAACCCCUGGGUUCAGGUUAUGAUGUUUAAGAACCUGACUCCAUCAUCUUUUUUAAAGUUUUACCUAGAUGAUGGUGAUCAGGUUUUGGUGGAUGCAGAAGGCAAGGACCACAAAGAUAUAUCUCAGCAUGUGAAAAAGAUUCUUGGAAAAAGCGAAGAGGUUCUACACGCGGAGGAGCUGGCCCGAAUGGUGCACUCAAACCCGGCCAACUUCGGUCCGAAGAAGUACUGUCUGAGAGAAUGUAUGUGUGAAGUGGAAGACCAGGUCCCCUGUCCCGGCCUCAUUCCCUUACCGAACGAGAUGAGAGGCAAAUACAAAGCACAGAUGAAAGGCAUCGAGGUCUGAUCAGAUGGCUUGGACUCUUGUAAAUACCUUACCACCUCUUGCUUCACCUUUUUGUUAUUUUUUUAUUUAUUUUUGUAAGAAAAUUGUUAUGUUGUUUGAUUUUGGUGGAUAUUGCAACCUGUUUUCAAGUUCAUAAAAUAUGGCCUGUUAUAAAACAAAAUGGGGCAGGUUUAGUUAAUGUUCAUUAUAUCUGAUGGGAGAAUGGUUCAGAAUCCUCCUUUCCAAAUCACUGAACAGUUUAGAUUGGCAGAGCUGCAGCCUUUUCACUUUUGUCCCGACAUAUCUGCCACUCUUAAAUUCAGAUCUCCCCACAGCACCACAAAUGUUUAAUACAUAAAACUAAAAUAUGUCUGUUUUUUCUUAAGUAAAUCAGUCCUAUUGAGUAAAUUGUUAGUUAUGCCUGGUAUAAACAGAAAACACACACAAAUAAUCAAUCUGUGAGUAAAUAAAAACACAAACUACUUAGGGCCCAUUUUAGAGUCAUUGUGUAUUCAAUCUGAAACAAAAACACAUUGGAAAUGUGUCAAAAGUGCUCAGCCAUUUAAAGUAGAGAUAUCAAAAACACAAGCCAAGUUUCAAGAAACCAUUGGGGCAAUCUUUUCCAACAGUAAGCAAAUAGGCACAAGUGUAAAACCGAUGGGGACCAAGGUUGCCCCAACUGUUUCUACUAACUUUGCUUAGAAGACUUGGGAGAGGCUACACAAGCGACAACGCUCUGAGAAGGAUUGUUAUUAUUUUGUAUUAUGAAUGUUGUUUUAAUAGUGUUUAUUAUUAGGAUUAGGGAUGGACAUUUCGAAUAGUUUCCUAUUUUUGUGUAUUCGACUUCCCGAACUCUGGUUCCUUGAGCUCCCAAGAGCAAAAGGCAAAUGCGUGUGUGCAACUCAAGCAGGCAGCAUACAGGCCUAACUGCGAUGUCUACCAGCGCCAGGCCAUGGUGUAGAAUCCUGUACUAGCAGAAUAAACGAACGGUGUGGAUUGCUACUGGCAUGUAUUUAACAUAUCUCUCUAUAUACACAUAUGUACAGUAUAUUAAGGAUGUGCACAUUUUCGGUUUUUAUGAAUAUUACCCAUAAUCAUAAUGAAGAGAUGGCAACAGCUACGAUUCGGCCGUAGCAGCCACCAUUUUUGAGAUUGUGCUACAGGCGCCAGGUUGAGGUAUGAAUGACACAACGAUUUUUAAUAAAUACGUAAAUGAUGGACUCCC